UGUUCGAAUCACGUCGGGGUCACGAAAAUCCUUUCCAGGGGAGGGAUUUAUUUUACACCUUAAAUUAAAUUGAAGGGAUUGAGAACACGAGAAGAAAGAAGGUUUUAGGCAUUCCCAAAUAGGCCCGUGUAUUAUACUGUAUGCAUCUGAGGAAGUAGACUCAGGGCAAGGGAAGCUCAGGCUGGCAACUUCUUUAUUUCGGUUAUCCUCAAAAGUGCUACAAGAUCUCUUUACACGGACUGCUUCUACAGACUAACAUGGCUGUAUCUUUGAAACAGGGUCGUGGUUACACUUUACAAGCAGGGUGACACGCGUCACGUGUGAGGGAGGCGACACGUAACAAAGGGGUCGUCAAGAAGACCAGCCUCCCGCGUGAGGCGUGAAGACUUAACAGCCUCGAGCCGGGAAAGAAAGACCCAGGAAGGCAAAAGGGAGGCAGGAACACCAGAGGAGAGUCUGGAGGACGAGUUUGGAGGACGCUCUGGACUGUAUAAAGAAUGGGGAGAGAACGAGGAAGGUUGUAUCAAUAGGAGAUGGAGAAGCUUACUGUUGAUGUGUGCAUUAAAACCAAAGAAGACUCUGUAAAUCAAGCUCCCAAAGAUGAGAUGGAUGUUCAAGCUCUGAAUGACACUGAAUUGCGGGAACAGCUCUCUGUAUAUGGAAUCAAUGCUGGACCAAUAUUACCUUCCACAAGGGCUGUUUAUGAAAACAAGCUGCUGAAGUUGAUGAAGCAAGGACCAACCAUAGCAUUUGGGGAAAAGAGCAGGCUUGAUGAUUCUGAAAACAAAAAUGGAGAACAAGGACAAACCACAGAAGUAGUCCUUGAAACAAACAACCUCAGAGUGACAGCUGAAUGUGCCUCAGGGCUUGAUAAUCUACAGGAAAUAUUGCCAGAGGGUAAAGUGGCACUGAAUCGGUCACAAGGUCUAAGGAGAAAAGUUGGUAGUAGUCCUGAAAGGAACUACAAACAAAAGAUAAAUGAUACCCGACACAUAGAUUAUGGCUAUCCUGAUGCUAACAGUGUAGGAGUAAGUACUAGAAGAAGACCAGUACAAGUGAAUCCUCCUUCAGUGAAGCAAGUUUCUGAAAGAAAAUCGCGGGUGAUGUCUGAGAAACCAGAAGAAGAACUUAUACCAACCCGUGUAAAGAUUGCAGUGUUAGCUAUCUUCAUUUUCCUUCUUUUUGUUUAUGUAACUAUGGAAACUAAUGUAGCUAAUCCAUUCUCAAGAUUCAUCAUGGGAAAGUAAGACCAUCUUUCAUCCUUUAGAGAUGGCAUUGAAAGACCAUAGGUGGUCAUUUUCUUUAGCUGCUUAUGAAUAAGCAACUUGGAUAGCUAAUUAAAAAGCAAACACGGAUAUGCAAUGUACAUGUUUUUUUUGCUUUGAAUUUAAAAUGCAUCACAGUCUCUCUGGCUUGCAACAUCUGGCAGCAUGUUUCUUGACACUGGUUCACAAUUCAGCUCAUAGAUAGGAAUUUGCUUAAGUGGUUUAAUUAAAAUUUCUCAGCUGGCCUUUUCUGCCAUUCUUCAUUCUAAAGGGUAAUGAUAGGCCUUCCACUAUUUAUAUCAUGCCAGGAAAUCUCACUGACUAGAAGGCAGUUGGUUAAAACCUGAUGAGACAACUAGUAAAGAUCAUAAAUGUGGAAAGAAAAGGUAGCAAAAAAUAAUAGAGGAUUGAUUCAGCUGUCCUAUUGUGUAUAUAAACAGAAAAUAAGUUGCAGGGCAACUCCUUAUAGGAGACCAUCUCCCCCAGUGCAUAGCCAGAUACUUUAUUUCAAUCAGGAAUAUUUUGUUUUAUACAGAAUUGGGCUGUAUACUGUCUCCAAGGGGAAAUAGGCUAUGUGUGUGGUCUCAGAAAACUAGCCUACUAGAUUAUCAAAUGCAAAAGCACAGAACUGCUGAUGCCUGAUGAGGUAUGUAGGCACAGCCAUAACUCAUGUGCUUAACAAAUAAAGUGAUUUAAUGCACCUCUUAUCUUAUGCCUGGCAUUGUGACCCAGAGCUAGGAAGCAUUACUCUUGGACUAUGACUCUCAGUGAUCUUUCAAAACCCAUUUUCUAUUUUAGGCAGGUAUGUACCAUUGGUUGUAAUAUACAGGCGAGAUGUAGUCCAAAAACUGCAGACUGGUUUCUAGAAAAAAAAUUGAGUAAACAUCAACACCUUCUUAUGUCUUUAAAGUGUUGGAGCAAAGUUCCUCAUAUGUGUUUUUAUGUAUGAAGCAUGAAAAUAACUAAGAAAAAGUUUAGUUCAUCUUGUUCUUACUUUAAUUGGCAACAGAAAUGAAAUAUUGAGUUGAAGAGCUGCAGCUGUUAUAAUUGUGGUGGUGUUUUGGGUUUUUUUUUUAAAGCAUGAAGUAACUCUCAAAUGGUGUAAACUUAAAAGUUGCUUUCUGCCAAAUUUUAUAUUUUAGACUGCAAAGUUCUCUGUAAUUUCUACAAACUCCAAUAAUGUGCUUUGUUACACAUCUUUCCUCUCAUUCUCCCAAAUUACACACCUUGUGAUUUUACCCUGUGGCAAUGAGGGGGCACAAGCAGCAAUCUAGCUGUCAUUCAUCUCCUUCAGUGAAUGUUUCCUGUGAUUACCUCCUGGCAUAUGAUUUAGAAAUAAGAAUGAGAGAUGGUGUGAUAUCCCCUAACAUGCCUAUAAAAUGAUAUUGCAGAAUAACCCUGUAAUAGUUUACAGAAAGCCCAGGGGAAGGAAGACUGAGUGCUGAAAUUCAAAAUCUCUCCUUUUCUGUGGUGGAUGCAUUGAUUUCUAAGAAUCUAAAUCAGGGAUAGAAGCCCUUGUUUUAAGUUUAAUUUGGACUAUCAGAAUCCCCUUUGUGGCCCUUAGGAUGUAUCCACAUACCUUUCAGACUCUCACAUCCACUUACCUUUUGCAGCUUGAGCUUUGUUUUCCACUUCUCUGUUCUUCCUGCCCCCACCUCUUAACAACUGAUAAUCUUGAUUCUCUUGGCUGCAAUGCUUUAUGCCAUACUUUCUGGUUUUGUUCCCUCCUCUAGCCAGUUGAUGCACUUCCAGAAAAUUUUGAAGGCCUUGGGAAGACAUGGAAAAAACAAGGUCAUAUUCCCAUUAUUUGGGGUCAUUCUGGAAUUAUAUAUUUCAGAACUUUUGUGAAGCUGCCUGGAGUUUGGUCAUGGCUAAGCAUCACUAACAAGAUUUUUUGUCUCUGAUCGAUCAAGGAGGUAAAAUCAGAGUGGAAUCUCAGUAGAACAUGCAGGCAUAUUCAGUAGUCAUUCGUUUUGCCUAAAUGGGUUGCAUUCUGUAGGUGUUAGGAUCAAGACAGCCUCUGUACAGUCAAAAUUAAGGUGCUAGGAGUUGACAAAAUUCAGAGCAGGAGAAAAAAUAUUGUCCAGGAAAAGUCCCAGUCUAAAUUCAUUUGUAUUGCUCUUCUUUGGAAAGGUUGACUCUGUCAAGUCUGAUUUCAUUUAUUAUCUCAUUUUUUCCAGUACUUCUGUCAUGUUUCAGCAUCAGUUUUGAUUUUU